GCAGGAUGUACACGCUGCUGUCCGGCCUGUACAAGUACGUGUUCCGGAAAGACGAGUACUGCAUCCUGAUCCUGGGCCUGGACAAUGCCGGGAAGACGACCUUCCUGGAGCAGUCCAAGACCCGCUUUAGCAAGCACUACAGAGGGCUGAGCCUGUCCAAGAUCACCACCACCGUGGGCCUCAACAUCGGCACUGUGGACGUGGGGAAAACCCGCCUUAUGUUCUGGGACUUAGGAGGCCAGGAAGAGCUGCAGUCGCUCUGGGACAAGUAUUACGCCGAAUGCCAUGGCGUCAUCUACGUGAUUGACUCCACCGACCAGGAGAGGCUGUCUGAGUCCAAGCGAGCAUUCGAGAAGAUGAUCACAAGUGAGGUGCUGGAGGGCGUCCCCAUCCUGGUGCUGGCCAACAAGCAGGAUGUAGAGACCUGCCUCUCCAUCCCAGACAUCAAGACGGCCUUUAGCGACUGCAUCUCCAAGAUUGGGCGGAGGGACUGCCUGACUCAGGCCUGUUCAGCGCUCACAGGCAAGGGUGUGAACGAGGGCAUCGAGUGGAUGGUGAAGUGUGUCGUCCGCAACGUCCACCGGCCACCUCGGCAAAGGGACAUCACGUAGACAGAG